CACGCCGUCAACGAUGGGCAAGUCAUCGAAAGACAAACGCGACGCGUAUUACCGUCUCGCCAAAGAGCAAGGCUGGCGUGCGCGUUCUGCCUUCAAAUUGCUUCAGCUGGACGAGGAAUUCGAUCUUUUCGCUGGCGUCACGCGGGUCGUCGACCUGUGUGCAGCACCGGGAAGCUGGUCACAAGUUCUCUCCCGAAUACUGAUCAAAGGAGAAAGGAUUGGCAGGGCAUCUUGGGAAGACAAACGUCACAAGCAUCUUCUGUCGCAGAGCAAUGACCAAGGGCUUGCGACUUCGGAACACGAAGAUGCAGCUCCCACGAGGGCGCCACGGAGCGAUGUCAAGAUCGUCGCCAUAGACUUACAACCCAUGUCUCCCCUGGAAGGCAUCACUUGUCUCAAAGCAGACAUCACGCAUCCUUCCACGGUUCCCCUUCUGCUCAAAGCGCUUGAUCCGGCUUACGACCCGGAGUCUUCUGCCACUGAAGCAUCCCACCCGGUUGACUUGGUCAUCUCAGAUGGAGCUCCUGAUGUGACUGGAUUGCAUGAUCUCGACAUAUACGUUCAGUCGCAACUUCUAUGGGCAGCACUGAACCUAGCGCUGUGUGUGCUGAAGCCGGGUGGGAGAUUCGUGGCAAAGAUCUUCCGCGCAAAAGAUGUCGACAUUCUGUAUGCGCAACUCAGAACUAUGUUCGACAGCGUUACUGUGGCGAAGCCCAGAAGCAGCAGAGCUAGUAGUGUCGAGGCUUUCAUCGUCUGCACGAACUUUCAGCCACUACCCGGCUUCAAGGCGAGUCUCGACCAUCCCCUGAGCGCUGCCAGUCAAAUACCUACAAAAUCCGGCUCCAGCGGGCUGGAUCAGCCUGCCGUCCGAACAAUACGGGCGGAUGGUACCACCGAGGUGGAUAUCGAUACGGGUCUGGAUACCCAUCGCUGGGUUGCCCCAUUCCUAGCAUGCGGAGACUUGAGCGCUUUCGAUGCUGACGCUAGCCACAAAUUGCCCGAAGGUCACAUAAGUUUGGAUCCGAUCCAGCCGCCCACUGCUCCUCCAUAUCGUAGGGCUCUUGAAGAGCGAAAGAAGAUGGGUGGCGCAUACGGCAAGACAAAACUUGGUGCUUUUUGAGCUAGACACUCUCGCAUAUCUCCCGCAUUACUGCCCUGGCAUUAGCGAUCAUGUGCGUACUUGACAGCAUGCACUGGAGAUCCUAAUGUCGCUUCGACAUCGUUUGUACGCUUGCAUGCUGUUUGCUAGACUCCAGCGAAGACAUUCUGCAAUGCGCAAAAGUCACUCCUGCAGUGAGCGUCUGAACACGGCGGGUAUACGGGUAUGCAGAGGAAUGAUCACGACGCACCGAUCCGUCGAAAUCUCCGCAGCUUGCAAGAAAUUGCCACGCCAUAAAUGAUCAGCUGAAACCGUUCAGGCCUUUCUUGCGCAACACUCAUCAAUGCGAUGCGCGAAGAAGCUGUGGUAUGUCUUGGCAUUCGCACAUAUGCAGCCGGCAUCCGAGUGGAUCUCCUCAUCCGAAGAGCGAAGGAAGAAUUGCUUACGGAUCUCACGCUGGAGACGGGCUCUGCCACUUUCGCUUCACAGCAACCAGAAGGGCCCAAAGGCCGAGGCCAGUGGCCACUCGUGCUGUUGCGUGGUCACCAUAGCAUACAAAGAAGCAACCGCUAGUACGAUUGCAAGUGCGAAUAUGCUCGGGCAACCUCAGUAUCUCGUGAAAGUAAUGCUCUUCACAGCGUCACCGGUACCAAGCCGCACAAGCCGUGCAACGUCGAAACAAGCCACGCUAGACCAGUGCUUGCAUGUUGCUUGGUUGCGCGAAGCUCAUGCAAGACUAAUGUCGGAUCCUUGUCCAUGUGGCCCAAACAGGUUGCCUACGUCUACACUCUCUGGAACGCUCUGAUGGCUCUGGUGUUUCCAGGCCCCGUCGUGUGAUCAUUGCAAGCAGC